AUGCACGUUUGGUGUAUCGUCCAGCCGAUUCCUGGGAUACCUAGUCACUCAAUGAGGUAUCGAGGCACACCCACGCCAAAUCAAAGCCAUUCUCGAAAUGAAAUCGCCUUAUACAAGAAGAUCACCGCCUUCUUUGUAAAAUACAAGAUCAAGCAACACCUGUCCACCCCAAGGCUAGAAGGUGCUGAAGGGAAAUUGGUGGAUGAGCUCCCCGGAGUACAAUGGGCUUACCGCACCAUCAAACAAAGAUCGAAAGGCGAAACCCCAUUCUUCCUCGCUUAUGGGACAGAAACGAUUAUCCCUCCUUACAUCACUGUCCCCUCCAUAAGCCUUGAGGUGGGCAGUGUUGAUCAGAACUCCGAGCAGAUGAGGCUCAACCUUGACUUACUUGAGGGCGAGCGUGAGAAAACCAUUAUCGGAGUCGUCUCUUAUCAGCAGCAGUUGAAGUUUUACUACAACAAAAGAGCUAAGAUCAGACAGUUUCAACAAGGCAAUCUCGUGCUAAGAAAGGCUUUCAUCACUGCACCAAGACAAGGGUCAAAAAGAUUAAUCCUAACUGGGAGGGCCCUUAUGUGA